AAGAACGUAUUUGUAAUUUCUUUUAUGUCAACUCGUGUUUGAUAUUUCAAGCUAAACAUCUAGUAGUACCAUAUAACAGGCUACAGACUGAAUUGAUCCGGAUGUAAGAGUAUGAACUAGAAAGCGCAGAACAAUGAAGGUUACCUGGGUUAGUGCCCUAUUUUUAGCUGCUAUUUCAGCAACUGUUGAAGAUCACAGUUGGACAACAAAGUGGAAAACUGACGUCCACGUUCUGGAAAAACAACCGAGUUUAUCUGAUUAUGUCUACGAUAGUCAAGAACACAGCAACAAAACUCAGUUACAAGACCCCCUAUCAAAAAUCAUGGAACACGUGACUUUCCAGUGCGAGUCAAAAGUAGAGGGAUACUACGCAGAUAAAACUUUUAAUUGCGAAGUGUUUCAUUAUUGCAAACAAGAUGGUAAACGCUUCACAUUCCUCUGUCCUCCGAAGUCCAUCUUUAACCAGAAAUACAAGAUUUGUGACUAUAAGCUUGGCAGUACUUGUGGUUACACUGAGGAAUAUCUUAACUUGGACGAUAAACAAGAUUCACUACAGAAUAUUACAUCGCAGGUAGAUAUUUCAAUUCCAACAACAGACAGUCAGAAACAUUCCCAAACCUCCAAAAGAAUACAGAGAACCUCUUUUCAGGACCAAGAUAAGCUAGAAGAGCAGUUUGGUGUGGUUAAUUCCUCCUUGACUGUUCUUAUAACUCAACCAGGUAGUGAGAGAAACAAUUCAAGCAAUCCUCCUCCAACCCAGGAUUCUCAGAUGGAAAAACUUAACCAUACUCGAAAUAUCGGAAGCAGGGACGUCGGGUACCAUUGUUUAUAG